AAAAGCUGUUACCUGCAGACUUGACAAUGUCACCACAUCAUUAGCUGGCACACUCUCCUCAGCUCCAGCUCACUUGGCAAUUUCACUCUGCAGAAGAAUCUGAGAAACUCUACUGAGGCCUGAACAGGAUGCCUUCCUCUUCAGCUCAGCCCCCCCUCUACCUGAGUCUCCUCCUCUUGCUGUCACACCUCUCCCCUGUUCUCUCCUGUCAGACUGGGAACCUCAGCCAAUGUGAUUCUGCACCUUUUGUACCAGGCUACAACCUGGUAGGGGAGGGUUUUGAUGUGGUCACCCUGCAACGAAAAGGAGCCUAUGUGGUUGAUGUGAAGACCUACCUGACUCCAAAUGGCACCUGCACUCUCAAGCCAAACCCUCUUCACGGCAACAGGCUGGAGAAACUGCCAGUCUCUGCAAUAGACUGGCGUGCAUUCACCCGCUGCAACUAUCACCUCUACAGCAGCCAACGCGCCUCCAUGAGCUUACUGCUUCAUGCUUAUACCUACGAGGAAUGA